ACCUCAGGAUGGCCCGCACUAUGGAACCAGUGGCAAAGAAGAUCUUUAAAGGAGCUUUAGUAGCUGAACUCUUGGGCGUUUUUGGAGCAUAUUUUUUAUUUAAUAAGAUGAACACAAGCCAAGAUUUCAGGCAAACGAUGAGCAAGAAAUUUCCCUUCAUCUUGGAAGUUUAUUACAAAUCCACUGAAAAGUCCGGGAUGUAUGGAGUCAGAGAGCAAGAUCAAGAAAAAUGGUUGAAUAGCAAAAAUUAGGACCAGUCAUCGCGUUCAGCCUCCCAUCUAAGCUGUUUGUGACCUUUGUGGGGGAAAAGAAAGAUGAGCACACCACAUUGUGGACUCCUGGCCCCACAGAAGAAGACAGAAACUUCUGGUCUGCCAUGGCUCACAGUCAUUUCCCAUCUAUUUUACAAAUCCCUGCUUUUGUUUGUUGCUUUCCUUUCGCAUUUAUUGUUAAAAUUACUGUUUAACAAAUAAAAGACUAGGAGAAGAAAGGA